AUGAGUUCGUGGUGGAUGAGGCCGAAAUUGUUGGCAAAGUUAGCCGGGUUUGUCCACGAAGAACAGAAAGAGCGUACUGUUUCAGUCACAGAAGCCACCGAAGACUCGCCUGAAACGAACCUUUCGGCUCGUAAAUGGACUACGACACGUUUGGAGCUCUGGUCGUACUAUCUCUAUUACGUUGGGAAUAACGGGCUAGCGGGCUUCAACUUCGGACCCUCACAGUUCCAAAACCUUCUUUUUCUCGCUGGAUAUGACCCAACCAUAGGGCCAGGUGCACCCUGUGGCGACAAUGGCUGCGUCUUGCCUUACCUCGGAAGAAUUCGAGACAUCAAUUCCAUCGUUCUUUUGACGAAUGGGAUCAGCUUUGCCAUUCAAGCGGUGCUCUUAAUCUUUAUUGGUGCUUGGGCCGACUAUGGUACUUGGAGACCAAAUAUCACCAUAUUCUUCACUUUGCUAGCGGUCGGGGUGUCAUUUGCCUGGCUUGGUGUGGAGCAACCAUCUGAAUGGAGAGCUGGUGUCGCUUUGUACAUUCUCGGUUUAAUCACGUAUCAGUGUUCUUUGACUUUCUGGACUGCAGCAUUCCCUGGCCUUGCUUACGACUUACCCGAGGUAGAGGAGUCCCGAAAAGAAUUUGCAAGCGGCAAAAAAUCGUCCGAAGAUCACGCUCGCUUCCACUCACUCGCGAGGAAUCGCGUCUCCAAUAUAUCCUUCGCUGUAUGUUCAGCUGGUGAAAUAACUAUUCUAGCCAUUAUGGUCGGUAUCCUCAAGGGACUACGUGCUGAAGACAGCACAGAAAAUAAUACCAAGGCGUUCAGCGUUCUCAUCGCAUUCUCAGGUGGUGCAUGGCUUGUAUGCGCUCUUCCAUGGUUCAUAUUUGAGAAACGACGCCCUGGGCUAGAUCUUCCUCCUGGGACAAGUUUGCUGACGAUCGGGUUCAAGCAAGUCUACGUCGCGUUCCGAGAAUGCUUGCGCCUGAAGCAGACAUUUCUCUAUUUAAUCUUUUACUUCCUGAUGGGCGACGUACUGAAUACCACUGUAACAGUCAUUGCGACCCUCCAAAAUAGCGUGGUUCUUUAUUCGACGUUGGACCUGACGCUCUUAUUGAUCGUGGGCAUCGUUGCUCAAGGCCUCGGCAUCUAUCUCUUCUGGCUUGUGCAGAAGAGAUACAAAAUCUCAACAAAGGCUAUGCUAUCUUUCAACGUCUUUUGGAUCAUAGUUCUCACUAUAUGGGGUUUGAUCGGCAUCCACACCAAUAAAUUCGGUUUCAAGCACGUCUGGGAGAUCUGGGUGUAUCAGGCUUUUUAUGGUCUGAUGGUGUGUCCGUGGUACGCAUACAGCCAAACAAUGAUAAGCGAGGUGUCUCCCUUGCCACAAAUGUUCUUAUUCUUUGCCCUCUUUUCUGUGGUUGGUAAAACGUCGGCGUUCAUUGGGCCUCUCGUCUCGAGCGCAAUUAUCACGGCAUCGGAUAAUAAUGAUAACAUGCCGUUCGCGUUUCUGUUCACGCUUGGUGUUAUCAGCACCAUCUUUCUGUGGAGGGUAGACGUCAAGAAGAGCAGAGUGGAAUGCAAGGAGUUCAUCGCAGCAGAGGCCGAGCACGAGGCAUUCAGAAAGGCAGGCAUGCAGACUCCAACAACCGAAGAACCAAAGUAG